AUCAUCCGAUCGUCCGCGUCUCUCUCUAUCUCUAUCUCUCUCUAUCCCCACCGAUGCCUCUCUCUUCCCUCUUUUUUUCUCUCUCCCUAAACCCUAAUCUCUAUCUUUGAUCCAUCUGAGAAACCCGAACCCUUGGAAUCGUAAUUCUGAUGGAGAAGAUGAAGACGAAGGACAAACAAACCCUAACACGAAGCAGAUGAAGCCCAAACCCUUAAACCACACACAAACCCUAACACGAAGCUUCAGAUUGCUCAAAUCGUCUGAAUUCCAUCACGCAUCUAGAAAUUCAGGCUUCGAACCUUGGGUCCAACUUUUCAAUGGCUGACUCGAGCGAACCCCAAAAUCAGCCUGAACCAGUCUGCAAUUUCUUCAGAAAACCAUCAAAAAACAAAAACAUUAGGAAGCGAACAUUUGACGAAAAUGAAGAUGAAGCUGAAGCUGAAGAUACUAAAACUGAGAGUUCACUGAUACAUAAUAAGAAAAAGCCCCCACAGCCUGACAAUAAGCUUCAUUUCUCUACUGGACCCUCCAAACGCUCAAUGCCCUCCGAGUCAAAUGUAGAGUCUACCACACCAAUCUUUCAGUUUGAGUCUUCGAAAGAAAUUCAAGUUCAAAAUGAUAGCAGGGCAACUGCAACUCUGGAAACUGAGACCGAGUUCGGAAAAGAUGCUCGAGCAAUCAGAGAGAGAGUUCUAAAGCAAGCUGAGACUGCUUUGAAGGGGAAAAGCAAGAACCCUGGGGAUGAAAAGCUGUAUAAAGGUAUUCAUGGUUAUACUGAUUACAAAGCUGGGUUCCGAAGAGAGCAAACAGUUUCUGCAGAGAAAGCUGGUGGGUCACACGGGCCUCUUAGGGCUUCUGCUCACAUUAGAGUGUCGGCAAGGUUUGACUACCAGCCAGAUAUUUGUAAGGAUUAUAAAGAGACUGGUUACUGUGGGUAUGGAGAUUCUUGUAAGUUUAUGCAUGACCGGGGGGAUUAUAAGUCGGGAUGGCAGAUGGAGAAGGAGUGGGAUGAAGCUGAAAAGGCAAGAAAGAGAAAUUUGGCUAUGGGAGGGGAUGACAUGGAUGAGGGGACUGCGGACCAUAGCGAUGAAGAUGACGAAGAUGCAUUGCCGUUUGCUUGUUUUAUAUGUAGGCAGCCUUUUGUAGAUCCUGUAGUAACUCGGUGCAGGCACUACUUCUGUGAGCAUUGUGCAUUGAAGCAUCAUGCCAAGAACAAAAAAUGUUUUGUAUGCAACAAGCCUACCAAUGGCAUAUUCAACACGGCUCACGAAAUAAAGAAAAAGAUGGCUGCUGAGGGAAAAUAACGCGUGUGUAAAGAAAUAUUUGGUUACUGCUUUGGUUUGUGACCAUGUCUGUUGAUUAUGUUUUCAUUCACCCACUUAUUGUUGAACACUGCAAGUUUUUCACUGUGUCUCCCUUGAUACAUUAGUUUCAGAAUAACAUUGAAAUGCAUACAUACAUUCACUACUGAGCUACUGUAAUAUAACUUUUUGAUAUAUGUUUUUGUAUAAAUUCAGGCAUGUGAGUUGAUUCUUAAU